AUGAUCAGCUUAGAGCGUGCCGGCGGAACUGAUGGCACAGCCGCCCAUAUCCCAGAGAAGGAUGCCGUUUCAACGGUGCAACACACGGAGCCGUCGUCCUACACAAAGGGCACAUCCGAAGAGAAGCAGCUUCUCAGAAAGAUCGACUGGCAUCUGCUCCCGGCUAUUUGGCUCCUGUAUCUCAUCGCGUAUAUGGACCGAGCUAACCUUGGCAAUGCCAGAGUGGCAGGCAUGAACGAUGAGCUGGGACUCAGCGACACCGACUUCAGCCUGGCGCUCAAUAUGUUUCAGAUCAGCUACAUCGUCUUCUCGCCGCUGUCCAACACGGUGCUGCCGCGGCUGCCACCGUCGCGCUACAUCAGUGCCAUCAUGCUGUUAUGGGGCAUUGUAGUGGCAUGUAUGGCGGCCGUACGCGACGCUCGCCACCUGUACGCGCUGCGCUUCCUGCUCGGCAUCUUCGAGGCCGGCUUCUCGCCCGCCGUGCUGUACCUGUUCAGCAUGUGGUAUACGCGGCGUGAGACCGCUAGGCGCUUCAUGGUCUUCUGGUCCGCGUCCAUCAUGUCAGGUGCCUUCGCCGGCAUCCUGGCCGGCGCUAUCAGCGGGGGCCUCGACGGCGCGCAUGGCAUCCCCGGCUGGCGCUGGCUCUUUAUCGUCGAGGGCGUCGUCACCGUCGCCGUCGCUCUGGGAACCCCGUUUGUCCUCAUCGACUACCCGGCCACGUGCCACAAGUUUACGCCCGCGGAGAAGAGGCUGGCCAUCGAGCGCCUCCAGGCGGACGGCUUCGACGUUGGCGAUUCGGAGAGGAGCCGAAGCGGUCUCAGCCUGGCACGCAGCCUGUGGAGUGCCCUCACGACGCCUGCUUUUUGGCUUUUCUACAUCAGCUUCAUGACCGUGGAUGGGAGCUUUACCCUCAACAACUUCUAUCCUACUUUGGUUAAGGCUUUAGGCUACGACUCGGUCACGGCCCAGUACAUGACCGCGCCGCUGUAUGUCGUUGUGCUGCCCGUUGCUAUCACCAUGUCCUUCGUGGGCGACCGCUGGCCGCAGUACAGGGCGUACUUCAUUGCAGGAGUCAUGGCUUGGGCAGCCUUGUUCGCGGCCCUGACGGCUGGCGUAAGGCUAUUUGCCGCGCGGUACGUUCUCAUGUGCCUCCUCAAUAUUGGCCUUUAUAGCUCUGUACCGCUGGUGCUGGCAUUUGCCACCACGGCAUUUGCGACCGUACAGCCCGAAGUCAGGUCGGUCGCUCUGGCCAUUAUGGUCGGAUAUGCGAAUGCGGCUCAGAUUGCCACGAGCUACUUAUGGCCGGACAGCGACAGCCCGCGGUAUAUAAUGGGGUUCGCUACUCAUGCAGCAAUUGCAUGCUUGAGCUCAGUCUUCUAUCUCUUCAACAAUUUCUGGAUUUCGAGGAAGCCUUUGAAGGCCAGAUUAUAG